AUGCCUUCUAAGAAUAUGGAUUCGGCUUGGAGACCAGCGCCCGACUCUCAACCUCAACAAGGGGCCCAGUCUUCUUCGGAAUUUCUCUGGGUGGACUGCCAAGAUGGAAAGUCGCAGGAUGCGGCGGUCGCUCGGAACGCACAGGCUUUCUUGCAGACGAAAUAUCACAAAAUGCGGCGCCAAGCGCAACUACAACAAUUGAAAGCGUCUAUGAAAGCACUUCCCCCUUCGAAAUCUCCUUCGGCCUCUACUCCCAAGAAUGAGACUUCCUCGGAGAAAGACGACCGUCAACUCACAGUCAUUCAGAAGGAUCACCGAGUACAUCGAUCCCUUCAACCGAAAGUGGAGGAUAUUCUUCCUGUUGUAUCCCCGCGCGUAAAACAGAGUGUGGAUUUCUACUUUGACUACUUCAGAGUUCAAGGUUCACGCAGAUGGUACCCAAUGGGCCAAAGUGAAAUGCUGAACUGUAUACUUCGCCAAUCCUUCGACCAUCCUUCACUUAUGGAAGUUAUCUUGUCAAUGAGUGCCUAUGACUAUGCCAUGAAAUUCAAAGCACAGCCACAAGGCACGAGUCCAGUCGUGUAUAGAUCUCUACAAGACGCUUUUUAUAUACGUUCUCACGUUAUUCGGUCCAUCCGGAACUUACUGGAUAAGCCAGCGGAAAUAUUCUCUGAGGCUGCAGUGCUACUCAUUGGGCACCUGUUUGUUACAGAGGCACUUGAGGGGAAUAUAGAGGCAGUUGACGCCCACACUGACGGACUUCGAAGAAUUGUCGAGGUUUUAGGCGGCGUGGAAAAAAUAGGCGAGUGGCCUCUAGCAAAUGUCUAUUCCUGUGACCCUAUACGAGGUCUUCUCAAAGACUGCCCGCUGGUCUUUGAUAUCCCGAAAGCUUGGGAGACAGAGUCUCUUCGAGCACUUUCCGAAAGAGCAAAACCGUUUCGGAAAGGACAUCCCCGGCUCGGUACUUCCUUUUCCCACUCUCAUAUUCACCCUCGCCUAAAGAUGAUUAUCAGAUCUUUGGAAGAUAUCAUCUGUAUAUACGAGGAGACCCUUCGCUUGAACAUAGAUCUGGCCAUGCCUGAUCACAACUGUGCCCUACUUCUAAGCAAUCGACUUCAUUCAGUGCCGUUCGAUUAUGCUCUUUCUCCUUUCAAUGAGUCAAUUCGACUUACACUCAUGCUUUAUAUGCUCACACGGAUGUGGGAAUUCCAAGCAAGUGUCGAAGGCCUUGUUCGAAAGCUACAAGAUCGCUUAGAGGAGACUCUAGGAUAUCUAGAGAGCUCAGCUCCCAACCUUUUAUUCUGGAUUCUCUUCAAUGGUGCCUUUGCUUCUGCAAGAUUCGAAUGUCAUGCAUGGUUCGUCUCACGACUUAAAAGCCUUGCCAGAGAGUUGUUUCUUAUGAAUGGCCUUCUAUUCGCCACUAAAAUCCGUCCGGUUGUUUAA